AUGAGUGAUGACAAACCGUUCAUAUGUUCUGCUCCUGGAUGUGGUCAGCGAUUUACAAAUGAAGACCAUUUGGCUGUGCACGAACACAAACAUGAGAUGACACUAAAGUUUGGUCCAGCAAGAGGCAACAGUGUCACAGUAGCUGACCCAAAGCCAACACCUACACGCUUUUUGAAGUACUGUGAGGAAGUUGGACUCUUCAACGAGCUUACCAGUCCUAUGGAGCAUGACUUCAAAAUGGCUGCUGUGGAUGACAUCAAAAAGAUGCCCUUGGAUUUGUCGCCUCUUGCCACACCGAUGAUCAUACAUAACAAAAUUGAGGACCACUCAGCUGUGGCGGCACAUUGGGACAGCCCUCUGCCCCAUCCAGAAUCUACAACAAGGGAUGACAAGUUAUCUUUGCAGCCAUCCUCACUGCCAAGCUCUACUAUAGUCCAUCCUGCAUCUCUCCAAGUCCCCAAUGUGUUUCUAGCAACCUCAGAUGCUGUUGUUGUUAUACAGCAAGCUCUCCCAUCGCCAACAUGUAGUUCUGUAAUUACCCAAGCCUCAUCCUCUAAAAGGCCAAUAGUUCCAGUCUCUGGCACUUUCCCCAUACUCUUUCUGCUGCCUAAUGGACAGACCAUGCCCGUCGCUAUCCCAGCAUCCAUUGCAUCCCGUGUACACAUUCCAACCGCCAUUCCUGCAAGGGAUGAUGGGGGAUCUAAUGUGCCUUAG